CUGACUCAACAGCUCUGGCAUCCUGGUGGCUAUAGGUGUUAAAGUUGGGGGCCUCUGGGCCCUGAGCUUAUUGGGUGCCACAAAAGAAACAUGAGAAUGCAGCGUGCCCUCCUCCUGGUAGUCCUCCUGGCUUUGGAGACCCAGCUGCCUGUGGCCUUGGGUAGGAAGAAGGGAGACAAAAUGGGGGGCUGCCCACCAGACGACAGGCCCUGCGGCCACAUGAUUCCUGAUCAGUGCGUAAAUGACCGCCAGUGUCCCUCAUCUUGGAAGUGCUGCUACCGAGCCUGCUACCGUCAGUGUGUCCCUAGGGUCUCUGUAAAGCUGGGCAGCUGUCCCGUGGACCAACUCCGCUGCCUCGGUCCUACAAAGCAUAUGUGUAACCGAGACUCGGACUGCUCAGGCUCGAAGCGAUGCUGUGUCAGCGCCUGUGGUCGGGACUGCAGAGACCCCAGGAAAGGUGCUAUUCCUGCUUCCCCUCCAGCCCAGCUCUGA